ACGUUGUCGUUUGUGUAUUUCAAUCUGUUUCACUCUGCCACAUCGCCAUGGCUGCAAAAUUGAAGAUAGCAGGGGCGUGGUCUGGUGUUUUAGAGGCUGAAUUGGAAGCAUGGACUGUGCCCUUAUUGAAAGAACAAAUUGCUAGUCGAUUAAACUGUUCAAAAGAUUCUAUUAACCUUAUAUCUGCAGGGAAAGUGCUUCGAGACGAUGAUGGAGCCCAGAAUCUGAUCGAAUUGGGCGUCAAAAAUAAUUCUAAGAUUUUGGUCACGAGGGUUUCGCCUGAUCAAGGCAAGGAGUUGAUUGCUGAAGAGGAGAAGUCUAGCAGGCUUCAAAGACUCAAGGCUGCUGCUACUUCACUGGCCAAGAGACAUGCUGAUGGUUUGAUGCCAGUUGAAGACUUCAAUCUUGAGUUGGAGAAUCAGAGUGGAGAGAAAGUGCAGUUGGGAUCUGAGAACGAUCAACGUGCACUAAUGAUGGGGCUUAUGUUUCACGGAAAAGCAAAACGAUUGGUCAAAAGUAGGAAGUAUGAAGACGCGAUGGAAGUUCUAACUAUGGGAGAGGAGGCUUUCUCGCUAUGUGAUUCCAAGGUUGUUGAGCUAAUAGACAAUGUCCCAAUACUUCAAAUAGAUAUGGUCUGGUGUUAUUUUAUGCUCAAAGACAUCAGCAAGCUAUCUGUAGCCGGAAAACGCCUUGAAGAUGCUCGAAAAGGAAUUGAACGCUCUCAUGGGAAGCAAUCUAGUCGGCUUAGAGUCCUUCAUGGAAAUUCCCAUCCGGAGCUUGCACUGCACUUGAGAUUGGAGUUGCUGGAAGGUAUAGUGGCAUACCAUAGUGGUGAUAUCGAAAAGGCAAAGAAGUCACUGAACAGUGCUAGGAGUAGAUGCUUGCUGCUCCAAGUUCCAGAUGAGGAAUUAUCGCUGCUAAUGGGGAUGGGGUAUGGGGAACGUUCUGCAAAAAGGGCACUACGCAUGAACAAUCAGGAUGUUGAGCGUGCCGUUAACUUUCUUGUUGAGGAAAAAGCCAAGAAACAACAGAAGAUUGAGGAUGACAUUCGACGAAGAAAUGAAAUCAUGGAGCAAAAGAAGUUCGGUGUUACACCGCUCAAGAAGGCCGUGGAUCUCCAGAAGUUAAAGGAAUUGGUGUCAAUUGGUUUCGACAAAGAACUUGCUGCAGAGUCUCUUCGAAGAAAUGAAAACGAAACUCAAAGGGCUCUCGAUGACUUGACGAAUCCCGACACUAAUUCUGAUAUACAGCUUUUUAUUGAAUCACGAAAGAAGAAGAGAUUACGUCAAACCGGAGAUGCUGCAAUCGAGAAACUCACUUCCAUGGGGUUUGCAAGAGAAACAGUCGUGGCUGCUGUUCGUGCCUAUGGAACCGAAGAACUGGCUCUAAAUCAUCUACUCGAGGAGAGUGUGCCAAACGGGGAUGCACCAGCCAACAACAUCGGUAGUACUAGUGGUGGAGGUCCUUUAGGUGCCGGUGAAACCAUCCCAAAUGACGGAGAUCUAUCGAGCUUUGAACAGGAAAUAGAUAGGGACGUGGAAAUGGAAGAGGAACUUACGGAAGAUUUACAAAGUGAAGAUGCGUUUUCGGAUUACGACAUGGAACUUACGAAAGAAACCGAGGCUAUAGAGGAGUAUUUAGGGCUCGUAUCGGUGUAAUUGUCGAGAUUCCGAUGCACAUAUGAUAUUUGUACAUGGUACCUCUAGUUUCUAAGUUAUGUUGGAUGAUACAUUAUUUAGCGUUUAACGAACAAGACUUAUUAUUAGAAAAUGAAAACAUAUAUAUUGGGUUUGAUUUGAUUU